ACGCCCCUCUCAGACUAAAAAAGAAAUCCCUUGCCGUUAACAAAGCUCAAAACUUUACAUAGCGAUUCGACGUCGUUUCGAACCUGCCACCGCAUUUUGAAAGUUAAAACCCCACCAACCACCGACCACCGCCUUCAGAUACGACGGUGAAUCUCUCUCCCCUCUCUUUCUCCUUCUCCUCGUCUCUUUCUAUAUGUUCACAACACUUGUGUCAUAUAGGCAAAUCGCUUCUCAAAAUUCCUGCAUUUGCGACGCCAUGUUCCCUUUGAAUCGCAGAGACCCACCCGCCAAACCUAACUCCAAAAAAACCUAAUUUUUGUACUCGUUAUAGCUGCCCAAUUGUUGUUUGCAAUCUGGGUCGAACCCGUUUCGAUUUUUCUUGACUUGGAUCUUAUGGUGGAGAAGCAUGGAAGAAAUUGAAGGGGUGGAUUGUUGCAGUAAAAGUGAAAGCAGGAGCUCUAGUGGGACUCGACCUCCCAAUCCCAACCCACCUUCACAUCGCCAAUGCAAACUUGUUCGCCACGCUUCUCUCAUAAAAACAAAUUUGUGCGAUGCAUCUGAGCCAGGGGAUGUUACUGAAGAUUGCCAGACUGAUUUCUUUCCAACGCUUCGUUCUGGAGCUUGCGCUGAUAUUGGAUUUCGGUCAAGUAUGGAGGAUGUAUAUGUUUGUGUUGACAAUUUUAUGCACGAUUAUGGACUCAAGAGUUGUAUAGAUGGACCCAGUGCUUUCUAUGGGGUGUUUGAUGGACAUGGCGGAAAGCAUGCUGCGGACUUUGCCUGCCAGCAUCUGCCAAAGUUUAUUCUCAAUGAUGAAGAUUUCCCUGGAGACAUUGAAAGGAUAGUUGCUUCGGCAUUUCUGCAAACAGACAAUGCCUUUGCAGAAGCUUGCUCACUGGAUGCUGCACUUGCAUCAGGCACCACUGCAUUAGCUACUCUUGUUAUAGGAAGGUUGCUGGUGGUGGCGAAUGCCGGAGAUUGUCGAGCUGUGCUGUGCCGUCGUGGAAAAGCGAUUGAGAUGUCAAGAGAUCAUAAACCGAGUUGCAACAAAGAGAGGAAGCGGAUCGAGGCUUCUGGGGGGUAUGUGUACGAUGGAUAUCUUAACGGGCAACUGAAUGUUGCUCGAGCACUUGGUGACUGGCACAUGGAAGGAAUGAAGAGCAAAGAUGGUGGACCACUGAGUUCAGAACCCGAACUCAUGACUACAAAACUGACGAGCGAGGACGAAUUUCUGAUCAUAGGUUGUGAUGGUAUUUGGGAUGUAUUCCGGAGCCAAAAUGCAGUGGAUUUCGCCCGGCGCAGGCUCCAGGAGCAUAAUGACCCAACCAUGUGCAGUAAGGAUCUGGUUGAUGAGGCUUUAAAGAGAAAGAGUGGAGACAAUUUGUCUGCGGUUGUGAUUUGCUUCCAGCAGCAACCUCCUCCCAACUUGGUGGCCCCUCGCUCCAGAGUGCACCGGAGCUUCUCUGCUGAAGGUUUGAAGGAGUUGCAGAGUUUCCUUGACAGCUUGGGUAAUUGAGUUCCUUCAAUUUUCUUCUUUUGAGGAUUAAGAUUCAUUUGUAAUUGUAGGUGUAGUAGGCCUGAGAGAUAACUUUGACUGUAACAUAUGCGGCAUCUAGUCGACAUUUAAUUUAGUCCUUCCAUAUUUAGAAUCAUUGCCUCAUUCUUCUUACAUUUCUGCAUAAUCAAUACAUAUGGUUAUGUGAUGCAUUUCAACUA